CUUCCUGGAUGCCACCAAACAGUGUUGUCUUUCGGACUUUAGUCAUACAGAGAAUCUGUAAGAGAGAAAAAAAAGUGAUCCGUUUAUGCUGACCACCUGUUUGACUUCCACAAGAGGCAAGAUGACCUGUGUUUGACAGGAUGGACUCUGAUCCUGGACGAGCAAUAUUGAAAUUUGGCGAGUACUGCUUUAUCCAUUCAUUCAUCAGUUUUCUAUCCGUUAUUCAGGAGGGUAAGCAAGGGUGCCAAGACCUUCCUGUCUUCGGCUUUCCCUGGUGGUAUUAUCCCCGAAUGGUUUUACAAACCAGGGAGCGUGUAUAUAAAUAUAUAUAAAUACAAACGUACAUACUCUAUCCAGCAGCGUGUCUCUGUUUGUGUCCCAAGCCUGAAAAACUUGACCAGAGAUUGGGAGGCGUCCACAAGGUAUCCUAUACAGGUAGCCGAAGCAUCUCAACUGACUUAUUUACUCCGAGUUGAAUGAGCUCCUUACCUAAGACCAUACAACCAGACGCCCAGCAGCAGAAGAACCUAAUUUCUGCCGCUUAUCCUCACGGCCUGCUUUAAUGCAAGCAACCUGUGGUUUGAAGUGGAACGGUCAAGGUGAGAUACUGGAUGACGUAGUGAAAAGUGUCCGCCCUUUGUGGGUGCUGGAGCUGGGAAUGCACUGUGGCUACAGCUCUGGCCGUCUGCUUCGUCUGCUGCCCCAUGGAGGCAGAUUGAUCGCAGUGGUGCUGGACCCAGUCACAGCAGAUCUUUGAGAGGAAAUCAUCCUGGUGGCUGGCUUCAAGCGAUCCCAGGUACAGUUUUUACACAGCUCAGCUGAGGCCAUCCCAACAUUACAUUCUUUCCUUGAGUCUGAUCAGGGUACCAGUGAUGGCAUCAAUCUGGUGCUAAUGGACCACGAUUCCCAGCAGUACCUUUUAGAUCUGCUGGCCUUGGAGAGAGAGGAGCUCCUCUGCCCAUCUGGCUGCACUGUGCUGUUGAAUAGAGGAACCAAAGAGCCGAUGAUCUCAGAGGAGUCCUGGAUCACACCAGAGGAAGAGUCUAUUCCUACUGCAUCAAAACAGAGCAUCCAUUUAUGAUGGAGAUUUUUUACAGGAAGGGAAGUACAAAGGAAGUCUGCAAUGGCAAAGUUUAGCUAAGAUGUGGGUGUAUU